AUGCGGGAGCUUGGCAAUUGCGCUCUUCAGCUCUUCAGCUCUUCAGCCUUUCGGGCUCACAGCGAGUUAUCGACAGCAUUAGACGCAUUUCAGCAGAUCCUCACAGCAGACCAAACCGCUCAACUUCGCUCAUUCUCAAGCCCUGCGCCAACGCCGGAUGAUGUUGUCAAUCUGACAAAGAAGAUUAUAGAGGCAAAUGCAAGCCGCAAGAGUCAUCUUUUCGCCUCCCGACUCCAAGGAUUCCUAAGUUCCAUCCAGCAGUAUUGCAAAAUCAUCGAUACAUGCGCAGGGCCAAACCAGAUAGCUGCGCUAGUUUGGGGUGGUAUCAAACUCGUCCUCCUGACCUCGUUAAAUUUUGUUGAGUACUUUGACAAGUUGUCAAAAACAGUAGCUCAAUUCAGCAAUUACUGUCCUAGACUCUCUGAGUAUGAGAAGCUUUUCCCCACAUCAGUAAGGUUGCAACAGGCUCUAGCCGACUUUUACGCUGUUGUGGUACAAUUUUGCUCAAAGGCACUAGGAGUGAUACAAGAGAAAGGAAUCAAGCGGUAUUCAAAAUCCAUAUGGAAAUCAUUCAAAGUGGAUUUCAAAGAGGUAGAGGAGAAUAUCAGUGAAGCUAAGAAUGAAGUUACUGAGGAACUACAAUUGGCAUCCGAACAGGAAGCAGCGAGCUUUCGUCGCUUGCUAACAGCAGAAGCAGACGAGAGCAGAGCGUUCCGUGUCACACAAACCACAGACAUACAAGAGAACCGGGCUUUCCGAUCGGAGCAAAAGCUUGAACGACAGCGAAUCAACGCUCGACAGAUCCAGAAGAUUCUCGCAAAAGAAGAGCGUAAUAAAAUCCGACUUCUGCGGCGUAUCCCUAACUAUGACUAUGCUGCUAGCCUUCGUCGAGCCCAAAGACAGCGUUGUGCAGGAACAUCCAGUUGGCUCCCCCACAAAGCAGAGUUUCGGAAAUGGAUUAACGGGGCAGGUCCAAAGCAUCUCUGGUGUUACGGAAUUCCUGGCUGUGGAAAAACCAUACUUGUGGCAUCGGUUGUCGAUCAUCUACGAAUGACUUUUCCAGGCCAGAAAGAAACAGUAGUCAUUUAUUAUUUUUUUGAUACUCUCAACAAGAAGUCAUUGGAAUUAUCAACCUUUCUGAGGUGCGUUCUACAUCAGGCUCUUCAUCUGGAAAAUCUUUCCCCGGUUGUCGAAAGACGUUUGGAGUCGCUUUUCGAUAGCCGCAUGGAUCAGCUCGAGCCUUCUACCAGCGAACUCGAGCAGCUUUUUCUCCACUCUUGCGGACAAUUCAAAAGAGCAUUCAUUGUAAUCGAUGGACUCGACGAGGUGAGCGAGGAUGAACAGCGCAAUGUCAAAUCCUUCCUGAAAGAAGUACAAAAGACGAAUAGCGCUCGAAUCCUUGCUUUUACUCACGCAGCCAUGAACAUGUCGCAAGUUUUCACUUACUGCUCGCGGUUGCAUGUCACCGCAAAGGACCUCAAGGAUGACGUCGAAAUAUUCAUCGAUUCGCAAAUCGACAGAUACUCACAAGGAGAACUGUCUGCCUGUUCGCCCUCUGUACUUGACAUAAUCAAGCGAAAAUUGAUAGCCGACGCUGAAGGAAUGUUCCUUUGGGUCGCCCUACAAUUCAAAGCCCUCCUCGACGUUUGUGAGGAGGAUGGGACCCCGGACAGGAUCCCUGAUCUUCUCGAGACUCUUCCACGAAAGAUUACAGAUCUAUAUAGCCUCUUACUAGAGAGAAUCGCAGAAAGAACCGGUGAUCAGGCCGAGCGAGCAAAGAAGACAUUUCAAUGGGUUAUCUACAGCAAACGACCGCUGUCGAUCCGUGAGUUGGAAGAAGCUGUAUCCAUCAGUGAAGGCCAGAAGUCGUGGACAAGGUCUUCUUUCAAGCUUGACUUACCGAAACUAGCUAGACUGUGCGGAAAUCUCAUCGAAUUCGAUGAGGCCAACGGAACAGUAUCGCUGUCUCACCACACGGUUGAAGCUUUUCUACAAGACUACAACAACGGACAAGAAGCAGCCAAGUUUGCUAUUGAGGAAGCUAGUACAGAACAAUAUCUGGCAGAUGUUUGCCUUACAUAUUUGUCUUUCACGGACUUUCAUCAAGCUAUCACGCGAACGUCUGACACAACAAAUCUCCAUUCCAUGAAUCACCCAGCAAGGAUUGUGGGGACUAUGGCUCCAAGUUUGGUACGACCAUUCACAGCAUUCAAUGCUCUCAGAAGCCGUCGAGACAGGAAGGUACAUCAGCCUGUUGACUUGGUCAAUGUUUUAAGAGCUGAACUCAACGCUCAUCAAGCAAAAAAGAUGGACCCUGUCUUCCAGCUCCUUGAGUACUGCAAGUGCUACUGGCACAGCCAUAGCCGCUACCUAGAUUCGAAAGACGAAGCACGUUUCAUAACCUUGGAGAACUUCAUACGCGGACAGCAUCUGCCAAGAGAAUGGAUGCCUUGGAAUUCGACCGAAGACGAAAGAUCAUUGCCUCUCUGGAACAUGUUCAUUUGGACUGUAAAAAAUGAACAUACGGCUAUGUUCCGCAUCUGGCAGAGGAUUGCACCAAUGCAAGAGUCAAGUUACUGGGACUACCUUUGGCGCAAAGAUGGACAGAGACUGUUUGCUUCGGCAUGUACAGCAGCCAAUUUUGAGUUGUUGGAGAUGAUGUUCAAUGCUCGAGAAAGGUUUAAAUCAGUAAUAAGACCGUCAGAGAGUGAGAUUAGGCAAGCCUUGAUAAGUGUCUGUCAACUAGGACAUGAUGAGGUACUAGGGAGGCUGCUUCAAGAGAAGGCCGACGUCAAUGCAGCAGCAGCAGCAUAUGACGGAAAAACAGCACUGCAGGCGGCGGCAGAAGGAGGCCAUCUUGUAGUAGUCGAGAGGCUGCUUCAAGAGAAAGCCGACGUCAAUGCAGCAGCAGCAGCAAAUCGUGGGAGAACGGCACUGCAGGCGGCGGCAGGAGGAGGCCAUCUCGCAGUAGUUGAGCGGCUGCUUUAA